GUUAGCGCGUGCGCAGCCGCCGCCGAGGGCCGCGCGGCCGCCGCUCUCCGCAGUCGCCCAGCGGCGCCCAACCCGCCGUCUGCAACCACCUGCUGAGGCCGAGCCACAGGCAACGCGUAACCUGCAGCACCAAGGUGUUCGCAGAGGUUAUUCGAGAGGAUAAAAAGCUGUCGCAUCAUGCCGUUAGAAACGUCUCUGGAGAUUUCACUUCGGUGGUCGUUUGGAUGGUCCAGAAGUUCCAGUGAUCUACUCCACUGAUUAUGGGCAGUCAUCAAGGCUUGUGGCUGUUUUCUCUGCUGCAAGAGCUGCUGAAGAGUGCGUCCUCUGUCGAAAUAAUUGAAGACUUUACCUUGUAGCAUGAACAGUGACAAAAUAUGAACUGUGUGUCUUUGAAACCAAAAUUGGUAUAAAUUCAUUUAUUUAAACGGUAUAAUUUAUGGAAAAGAUUCCGUUCAACUUUGAUGAGUGACCAAAGCGAUUAAUUACCAAACAUUAUUUACAGACUUCUAUCCGACUGCAAGCCUAGUAAAAUAUAAUUUGGUUGUUUGCUCUAAUGGAGGAAAUUUAUCUGAAAACUCGCUUCAAAAUUUUUAUAGCAAUUAACAUAACUCAGAGAUUUUUUUCCGAAUUUAAGCGGAUUAUACCACGAACAAGGAAUAGUAACCCAAAUUUUCCGAAGAGUUUUCCCAUUUUACACGAUAAUGAAGAAGAAAUAUCUGCGACAAAAUGACUCUCAGGCAAUCUGUUGAUGUUUCAGUGUGGUGUUACACUUACGUGGAACUAGUACCUGAAAAAUUUCCCUUAAGUGGUUUAAAAAGUGACUCCAGUGGUUAAGUGGCGGUUGUAAAGUAGACUAUGAGCGACGUCUCCCAAGACUCCGUGCAGCUAGGACGUGGCCUUUCACUCUGCCGUGCAGAGCGCCAGAGGCAGAUGGGAACGUAACUGAGCGAGUCCACCACAAUGGAGAUGGACGCCGAAGUGCAGGCGCUGCUGAAUGCGACAAGGUGGGAUGCGGAAGAGUUGCGCUGCUACCUGGGGGCGGCGGAGGUGGCUACAGGGGGCGCCGCUGGAGACAGCGGAGGCGGUUCUGGGGUCGGUCUCGGAGGAGGGGGCGGCGUGUGCCCGCAUUCCUGGGACCGACUGCUCUGUUGGCCGCCAACCAAGGCCAACACUGCCGCCGUCCUGCCGUGCUUCGCCGAACUCAAUGGCAUCCCCUACGACACGUCUCAGAACGCGUCGCGGUGGUGCCACGCGAACGGCACGUGGGACGGCUACAGCAACUACUCGCUGUGCCGCGACCUCAGCCAGCUGCCGGCCGCGGACCGCGUCGAGGUGGCGACGGCGCUCUACUACGCCGGCUACACGCUGUCGCUCGUCGCCCUCUCCGUCGCCGUCUGCAUCUUCCUCUACUUCAAGGACCUCCGGUGCCUGAGAAAUACCAUCCACACCAACCUCAUGUUCACGUACAUGCUCGCCGACUUCAUGUGGAUCGUCACUACCACACUACAGGUGCUCGUGCAGACAGAUGCCUCUUCGUGCGUCAUUCUGAUGCUGCUACUGCACUACUUCCACCUCACAAAUUUCUUUUGGAUGUUCGUUGAGGGUCUGUACCUGUAUAUUUUGGUGGUGGAGACAUUUACGGGGAAAAAUAUACAGCUCAGCGCCUACGUAAUAAUUGGCUGGGGUGCUCCUGCUGUGUUCGUAUUGCUCUGGGGGAUAGUGAAGAGCUUUGCACCAAGAGCGUCGGAGCCGCAGGUGCACAGCACGGAGUCGCUGCUGCGGCACUGCCCGUGGAUGAGCCCAGACAGCUACGACUGGAUCUACCAGGCGCCCGCCAUCGUCGUGCUGGCGCUCAACCUCGUCUUCCUCGUCAUGAUCAUGUGGGUGCUGAUCACGAAGCUGCGCUCGGCCAACACGGUGGAGACUCAGCAGUACCGCAAGGCGACCAAAGCUUUGCUGGUGCUGAUCCCGCUGUUGGGCAUCACCUACAUCCUCAUGAUCGCCGGGCCCACAGAGGGCUUCUCAGCCGAAAUAUACCUCUACCUCAGGGCCGUGCUGCUCUCCACACAGGGCUUCACGGUGGCGCUAUUCUACUGCUUCCUGAACUCGGAGGUGCAGAACACUGUGCGGCAUCACCUGGAGCGCUGGAAGACGGCGCGCACGGUGGGCGGCUCCAGGCGCUACACGCGCAACUACAGCCGCGACUGGUCGCCGCGCUCGCGGACAGAGAGCAUCCGCGUGUGACGACGCGCGGCAGGCUGUCGGUGCAGCCGGCGGUGAGCUACCGGAAGCGCGAGUCGACGGCCAGCGAGACGACGACGACGACGCUGCUGGCCGCCUCCGCCGCCGCCGCGGCCGCCGCCAACAACGGCGGCUGGCGGCUGUCCAACGGGUCGGGCCGCCUGCUGCAGCCCUGCUCCAGCGCCGAGCACGCCGUCUGAGCGGCCGCCGACACUCUGCUCUGACGUCAUCCGGAGGCGUCGCGCAGUCCGCAUUGAAAACCAACAGCAAGUUACCUAAUCUGUAAUAUGUUUACCGAGGACAAAAAUACUUUCCCCAAUGGGCUGAUUCAAGUUACGGAGGUGAUUCAAAAAGCACAGUAACAAAUGAUUUCAUGGAGUGUUGUUGUUGUUGUGGUCUUCAGUACAGAGACUGGUUUGCUGCAGCUCUCCAUGCUACUCUAUCCUUUGCAAGCCACUUCAUCUCCGAGUAAGUACUGCAACUUACAUCCUUCUCAAUCUGUUUACUGUAUUCAUCUCUUGGUCUCCCUGUCCAAUUUUUGCCCCCCACUCUUCCAUCCAGUACUAAACUGGUGAGCCCUUGAUGCCUCAGAAUGUGUCCUACCAAGCAAUCCCUUCUUUUCCUCACCCAGUACGUCCGCAGCUCGUAGUCUAGUGGCUAGCUGUAGUGCGUUAGGGUCAAGGGGUUCUGGGUUCGAUUCACGGCCGGGUUGGGGACUCUCUCUGUUUGGGGAAUGGGCGUUUGUGUUGCCCUCAUCAUUUCAUCAUCAUCAUCAUUCGUGACAGUGGCACCAUUGGACUGUGGAAAAAAAUUUGACUCUGUAAAAAUUGGGGCCUUGUACGGGCGCUGAUGACCGCUCAGCUGAGCGCCCACAAACCAAACAUCAUCAUCAUCUUCAUCCUCAGGCGGGACCACAAAUUUCUGUUAUUCCCAGUUCUAUUCAGUACAUCCGCAUUAGUUACAUAGUCUACCCAUCUAGUCUUCAGUAUCCUUCUGUAGCAUCACAUUUCAAAAGUUUCUAUUCUCUUCUUCUCUAAACUGUUUAUCGUCCACGUUUCACUUCCAUACUGCACUUCAAUACAUGUAGAUAUUUUCAGGAAGGAUUUCCUGACACUUGAAUCUACACUCGAUGUUAACAAAUUUCUCUUCUUCAGAAACGCUUCUCUUUCCAUUGACAGUCUAUGGUUUAUAUCCUCCUUACUUCGACCACCUCAGUUAUUUUGCUUCCCAGAUAGCGUAACUCACCUACUAGUUUAAGUGUCACGUUUCCUAAUCUAAUACGGUCAGCUUCACCGGGAUUAAUUAGAGUGCACUCCUUUAUGCUCUUUUUGCUUUUGUUGAUGUUCAUUUUAUAUUCUCCUUUCAAGAUACCGUCCAUUCCGUUCAACUGUUCUUCCAAGUUCUUUCUUAUCUCUGUUAGAACUACAGUGUCAUAGGCAAACCUUAGAGGCUUUAUUUGUUCUCCCUGAACUUCUGUAUUGUAAUGAACUGGGCGCCUCCAAACGACGGAGAGGCUUCGUCCCUCCCGUAGCCCUCAAUGAUACACAACCUCACAACAGGCUACAGCACUCCACUCACCCCACCGCCGCCCCAUACCGAACCCGGGCUUAUUCUGCAGUGCGGCCCACAGUGGACAUCCCCUCCUCUCCCCCCCCCCCCCCCCCCCCUGGGGAAGGUCUCCCACCAGACGAGUGUAACCCCGAUCCGUGCGUGGUAGAGUAAUUAUAUUGUACGUGUACGUGCAGGAAGUGUUAGCUCAGCAACCGCCGACGUAAUGAAACUGAGGCGGAAUAUGGAGAACCAGCUCCAUUCGCCGAGGCAGAUGCAAAAGCGCCUUAAAAACCAUCCACAGACUGGCCGGCACACAGGACCUUGACACUAAUCCGCCAGGCGGAUUCAUGCCGGGGACCGCACGGCUAACCGGGCUGUUCUUUCCUUUACUCCUUGCUCUAUAUACAGAUUGAAUAACAUCGUGGGAUGUGUUACACUCCUGUUUCACUCUCUUCUCGGCCAGUGCUUCUCUCUAGUACCCCUCGACUCUUAAACAGGCAACUGGUUUCUGUACAAAUUGUAAUUAGAAUUUCCCUCCUUGUAUUUUGCACCUGAAUUUGACAGAGAGUAUUCCAGUCAACUUUGUCAAAAGCUUUCUCUGAAUGGUUGCUGACACGCAAUGUUGGGAUUCUCCGUUGCCCAGUAUCUUGGGUUCUGUGAAUUCACGUGACCGGAAAGUAAAACCAUGCUUCAUCACUCAUGUGUAACAAACCACCGUUUAUGUUGUUCGUACGCGCUGUGCAGUAAACUACACGUUUCUGACUUUCACCCACCCGUAAUUGCUCCUCAACUGUGAUACGAUAUGGCUUCAAAUUAAGACUUUUCAAUAUUCGCAACCACUUUUACUUACAUGUGCCUGUUGGACCGGUUGACGUAUAGACUUCUUUGGGCCUUGAAUAAUUCUUGCGUGAAUAUCUGCAAUAACUUCUUGUGUGCGAACUGAAGGAAUACUUUGUCGUUUUACAUUCUGCACAGACCCCCUAAGAGCGCCUAUUUUAAUACAGACUCUGCACAGCUUUCUUUGCUGGUAGUCUUCCAUCAGGAUAUUUGACCCCUAAAAUCUCUCGACUUUCCUUAAUCUAACUGAUUUACAAAUGUGUUUCCAUAAUUUCAAUUCAUUUUCUAUAGAGAAAGUCGUUUUGCAGACCGUAAAGAGAUACAUCUCACCACUGAUGAAAUACAGUAAACUGAAAUUCUGACAGAAGAAUGCUACCAAUCGAUUCUUGAGUUGGAGCAGUUUACAUGAGAAGUCGAAAUAUUGCAUUCUAAUUCGGGGCUGCUUUUAACUACCCCACCUUAUAAAUACAAUUGGAAACUGCAUGGAGUCAAUCAUGGGAUUUCGAAAAGGUGAUCUCUUAAUUUUGGUGCGCUGUGCAGAUCGGUAAUAGGGGCGUACGUUGCGUGUAGCUGGGCAUAUUUGAGGGACGCUCCUGCUGCCGCUACUGUUAUGGCCACCGACCAGGUCGUUUGUCCGGCUCAGUGUGCCAACGUGGUCAGUAAACAAGCAUUGUCCUGCAGUGGGUUGCUGGCCUGCACUGUGUUGUGCAGCGAUCGAUGCUUUCGCUUCCCGACUCCGAGGAGUCGCCCUCAGCUUCAGAUAAAAGACUUCCACAGUCAAUGACUUAUCGUAGAAUCCACAGAGUCUCAUUUUCCGUUCUCGCACAAAAAUCUCGUUUCCCCUUAUAGUCUUGUCAUACAACCACGACUUUCGUUACCAUCAUCGUGAUUAACUGAGAUUUCGAUUUCUGCCUCCAAACAUCCCCAUCUCAACAAGAGUGUCACUCCCUCUGUUUAAGCCAAUACUUUAUCAAGUUUCUUCUUGGUGUGCCCUGGGAGCGUCCUGCACGCCGUACGUUUGAAAAUAUACACUCCUUGUCAGGGUCUCAAGUCGUUGCGUAACGAAUUGUUUCGACGCUCUUUGCUCCUUGCAUCUUAACACCGUGCUGUUUCCUUGAUACUGCACGCUAAUACACUAGAGCGUGACAAAUUGGAGUGGAGCGUCCUUUCCAAACUGUUUUUCUGUCUAUGGAUGCAAGCCAUCGGUGGAGCAAUUGAAUCUGCUCACCACUGUGGGAUUCCACCCUCGCCAGCGUGAGCCCGACGCUUGUAACUGCUGUUUGCUGUCCGUGCGUUAGUCUAGUUUUGAUUCUAAUUGCAAUAUUGUAAUCAUCACGUGAACAAUUCUGUAAUAAAUAAAAAACACAGUGAACAUGAGUCUCCUCGCAGGUAAGAGAUGUAAUAUUAUAUAUGUUCGAAAACAUGUUUUGUUCAUUCUGUGCUUUAACACGGUGAAAGAAACUCGAGGAGAAUCAGAUUGGUUUACUGUAUACCGCUUAACAUUAUUUAAUGCUUUGGUACUGGUAAUACUUCACGAAGUUAGUGAAAAACAGUAGUCUUGGUCUUCGAGGAAGCAGAAGCAUUAAAAUCUUCAUAUAGUGCCUGAAUAUUGGCGAAACACGUAAAUGAGCAGCUGAAAGGCUUACCUUGUUAAUGAUGUCUGAGACCCUCAUAUGUAUUUUUAACCUCCCGUGUUGCAUAUGUUCUAUAAAUACCAUUUGUAGAUGUAGGUAUUAUGUGAAUAUUUCAGCAUUUUUAUCAGAGGUAUCAUCAUCCAUCUCGUCGCAGGAGAAAAGAAGUAAGAGGAAAAUCAGCUGCCACUCACCAAGACUCAUUCAUUACAACACUUUUCUCCACAAACAAUAGCAGAGACAACGAAGAUUAACAUGUCAUUUAAUUUUAUGAUAGAAAUGGAGAAUAAAACAGCUGUUUGUUUAAAUUAUUGCAGGUUGGCUAGUGAAAAUAAGAGAAAAAAUCCACUGUCAAUUCGAAAUAUUUCUCUCAGUAAGCACUGGAAUUGCUUCCUUUAUCUUCUGUGUAUGUAUAUCACAACUGUCAAUAAUUCUGACUAAUCUCCCUUUCAUACGUAAAACACUUGUCACCCACUGAUACAGACUUAAGGCUACAGGAAUGAUUUGUAAUGUGACUGACAGAAAAGUGGACUGAUUUCUACUUUUUCCUUUAGUCUUCAAUUAUUGUAGAUUUACUACAAACCAUUCCUCUCAUCACAUCUUAAUAAUAUGUCAGACGUCAAUGACAGCCACGUAUACACCAAACGACGUUGAGGACGGAGCGGAAAUCUCGCACUGCCAUCUUUGGGCACAACCCAAUGUAGACGAUUUGCCACUGAUUUUCUUUCAAAUUUUGAUGAAGUAUUAGAUGCUCGUAUUGCCGUGGGGGAGUGCUUACGUUGCUAUUUUAUUUUGAAGUAACCACUUUAUUUCGAUAUUUAGUAAUCUGAUAAAUCAAUCCCUUGGUCAUGACCAAGCUUCAUCUCGGUAAAUGUUGUUACGCUUACAUCAUGUUACGUCUUCUUCUCGGUAAAAGUUGUUACGCUUACUUAAUCUUAUGACACUCACAUCAGUAGCGUGCCCCUAAAAACGGUUACACACAACUACAAUAAGUGUGGAUACAACUAUCAUACAUGUGAAGUCCUUACAUAGAAUGGAGAAAAAUGCAACCCAGAUGCGGGUUUUGUUACUGUACCAAGUUACAUAACAAAUUAGAAUUCGCUGAAAAUGAAACACACAUGGCGUGGACAAUGUCGUAAUUCCGAAGUGGAAACUGCCUCAUCGGGGGCUCACUGGUUCGCUAUCCCUGCCCUUACUCCUACCCCAGCCCUCUUCCUAGUGUUAUUCGGUUACUUCAACCCAUUCAGAGGAUUAGUGAAACACCUGCAUGGUAGGUAGCACUCGACCCGCACCACGAUAAGCCUGAACUGAUUUAUGCUGAUGUAUUUCCGAUGUUACAAAAUGUAUUGACAAGCACUGUGAACUGAGAAGAAAUAAGUAGCAAAUACACAUUACAGACCCAUUCUAUAAAACAUCUGUACAUGAGAGUCAUAGUUACUGUACUUAUUGAAUUGCUGUUGCGAUGAUCUAUUAGGGGUGUGAUUGUACCCUUUACUCUGAUAGCACUGAUGGUGUAUUUGAUCUGCAGCUCGUGCUCGUAAGUUACUUUGACGAAAAGCAUUUCGGGACCAAAUGGAUGACAGGAGAAAACCACGACUUUUAUAAUAUUUGUCCCUCACUGUUCAAAGUAUAAAUGUAAUGAGUUAGUCACAUAACGCCUAUUUGUACUAAACAAAUUUGGACACAAGAAAAAAGGUAAUUUCAUCGUGAAUUAGGUAGUUCAGCGACAGAACUUCGGUUAUGUACUGUACAUUGCAGUAAUGUGAGAUAUUCUACAACUGCACAGUUUAGCGUGGAGGCGUGUGCAUCAUAUUGCUUAGGAGCAAGUACCUUAUUGUGCCGUUUGGAGAAAAUUAUCUGGAGACCAUAUAGCAGUGGCCGACACCUCAGCUUUCACUGCAGAUUAAGUAUGUCGUAAAAGGUAUCGAUGUACGGGUGUUUUAUUUUACGAAGGAGUAUAAGCCAUUCGUCCUUUCGUGAAUUCUUUAUCUAGGGCAUUGAUACAUACCAUGUAAAGAAGUGUGAAUUAUUAUAUACUUCUACGUUCACAGGGCUCCCAAAUCGUUGUUCUGUACGUUAUUUAUAAAGUAUUCCCAGGAAGGAGGGACAGAAUGUAAAUUAUGUUCGAGCCAACACUUUUUCUCUUCAUUUUUGUAACUCAAAGAAUUUGGGCCGCCUGCUGCAGAUUGAUUCGGGAACAGAGUGCUCUACAGGGAACUGUAUCUUUCAUUUGAAAACUAUGGUCCCCGUAUAAUGGAAUGCGACCAUUUCGAGUGCUAACUACAGAAAUUUGACACAUGCAUUCCAACACCACUCCCAGAAUGCAAACUCUCAAAAUUUUUUGCGCUGUGAUUGAUAAUAUAAGAAUAACACUAUUUUUGUGUCGUUUAGAAAGUUGUUGAGAACAGGUAUAGUUCAUUGCUUUCAGUAAGGUAAUGCCUUUUGUGGGACCAUCCCAAUACAGCCUGUGUAUAAAAAAAAAAGAUAGAAACCAAUGCCAAAGCGGUGUUACGAGACACGUUAUUGCAGAAUAUACCCGGAACUGAAAGACAAACCAACUACUGCAACAAGACACAUUUAUUGCUACGUUUCCAUUUGUGUGGUGAAGUUUAAAUUACAACCAUAAGACAGAUCUUUGGCGCAGUAGAUCUGUCUGCUGACACAAUCUUGGACAUACAACAGUAAAACUUAUAAUUCAUAUUAAAUGAUUUGUUUUCCAUUCAGUAACAUGUCACAGUUCAUUCCAAUUUACAUGCUCCACAUUCAAGUUAAUACUGUCAUUGAGCCAUCUUUUGGAAGUAAAUACAGAACUGGUUAUGUAAAUAAAUUCUGUCAAGGAAAGUAUCUGGGAAUUUAAGUUCCCACUCAUUUGAACCGAAUCUGCGUCGUCAUUCAUUAUAUUAAGAAAUAUGUAUGAUGUCUGUACUUGAUUUACAAUUGUACUCUCCAGAAUGAAACACAGUAGCAUGUACUUUCUAUAAGGAGCAAUAAUUGUUCCAUUAUACUUUCCUUUCCCGAUUCAUACUAGCAAUGUAACUGAAAGGUUAUCGAUGUUUAGUCUGUUGUGCUAAUAAACGAAUAGUUC